AGAUCCAGGGCCUGAUGAACGUGAUCAAUGACCAGCAUCGCUACAUCCAGGAGCUGCAGAACAGUCAGGCUCAGCAGUUGGAGUACUUACCCAACUCCCAUCUGGGCCCUGAGAACCUCUACAGAGACUGCUCCGAGGUGUUUGCAGACGGUAACAUGGCCAGCGGGCCCUAUGUAAUUCGUCCAGAUGGCUCUCCUGUUGCACUGAGCGUCUACUGUGACAUGAACAAUGGAGGAGGAUGGACUGUCUUCCAGAGGAGGAGAGACGGCAAAGAGAGCUUUGACAGAGCAUGGGUGGAAUACAAGCAUGGAUUUGGAGACAUCUAUUCCCCGGAUGGAGAAUUCUGGCUGGGAAACGACAAUCUGCAUGAUCUCACCUCACAAGGAAACUACGACCUGCGAAUUGACAUGGAGGACUUUGAGGGCAAUCAGCGUUAUGCAGAGUACAAGAACUUCAAAGUGGACGAUGCAGAGGACCAGUACCAGUUACAUGUGGGAGAGUACACUGGGAAUGCAGGGGAUGCUCUGGCUCAGCACAAACGGACUGGUCCAGGUCUGGGGUCACUGGGGGUGAAGUUCAGCACCUAUGACCAGCUGAAUGAGGGCGAUGAGGAAAACAACGCCAGGUGUAUCAGACACAGCAAGUCAGGCUGGUGGUUCAGCAGGUGUAAUUCGGGCAACUUGAAUGGUCACUACUACAAAGGGCCGUACCAAGCCAUGACUGAUGACGGGGUGGUGUGGUACACAUGGCACGGUUGGUGGUACUCCAUCAAAUCUGUGGUCAUGAUGGUCCGUGCUGCUGACCUGGAGCAUCCACCACCAGUCAUUGCACCGCUAUCAGAACAGCUUCAGCCCAGCAAAACAGCAGGCGACCAUUGAUGUUCCUCAUGUCUGAAGAGUGGAAGCAACCUGUGUCUCCUAUAGAGCUGAAAACUUCCCCCCUAUAAUUAUUACAAACUGGGUCAAAUCAUUGUCAUGUCACUCAAGCCUCCUGUAUUCUGCAGCUUGACUUUUAAAUGUAUUCCAUUGC